AUGCAAGAAAAUAAAGAUCCACCACCGACCAAGUGGAAUAAAUGGCAAAGGAAACUUGAGCAUAGUGACUCACCCAUGCCAACUGAUGGUUCUCCACAGUCCACAUUGUAUUGGUUCAACGAAGAAUCAUGGGAUAGAUUCACUGAAUGGUCAAUCAAUCCAACAAAUUUAUGGAUUGGUCCUACAGCCUUUAAUAUGACCGUAGCUACAAGAGUAGGUCCUGAAAAAUGUCUUGGAGAUGAGCGAGUGAAAAAUUCUUUGAGGCAUUGGACACCAGACCAUGUUGCUUUCAUGCCCGCCUAUUUUUGCCUUCAAAUUGAAAAAGCAUACCUCAUCUUUACAAGUAACAAAAUAGGCUAUAUAUUAGGCGAUAUUCUUCUAGCUUACGGAAGAGGAGAACUUCCAUUUCAUGGGCGGACUAAUAAACUAUGGGGUGUCGACGUUGAUUGUCUCUACUUUCCUCUGUUUGUCGGAGCAAUGUUCAAUGCAUGUAAUCAUUGGAUAGCUGUAUGCGUCAAUUUCAUUGAGAAAACAGUUGAAGUAUUUGACUGCUUGCAGGGAAGAAAUAGGCAAUACGUGGAGAAGUUUGCUGUUAUGAUUCCUAGGAUAGUAAAAACUGUUGCACCACCUGUAAACAAAAAGUAUCUACUCCUGGAAAAGUAUUCUAUCGUAGAGGUACCUUUGAAGGCUAGAUUGAACAAGAGUUUAUGUGAUUGCGGGGCAUAUGCACUCAAACAUUUGGAAUGCCAAUUCCUUGGCCUUGACCUCAGUUUAGUGGAUGACGAAAUCAUCCAGGAUUGUCGUCAAAAGAUUGCUCUGGAUAUAUGGGAGGCUGCAAAAGAUCUCAUUUUAAUUGAGUUGAUGACACAAUAU